AUGUCAUGGUCGUUGUCAUCAUAUCUUCCCUCCCUCCUCCUUUCCUUUUCUCUCUUCUGGUUGCCCUCUCGCGCGGAUUUCCCUACCGUCCUCCCCUCCAACAAUUCCCAAGACCUGGGCGGGGAUCACUCCGCUCUGUUCAAACUGCAGAGCCCCAGUUUUCCCUCCGAUCUGCCUCUCGCCCCGUUGACCGACUACUUCGCCAAUUUAACCGACAAACAACUCCAGAACUUCCCACUCCGAGGUAGUCUAUACAAGGUCAACGUCAACGACUUUGCCCAAAGUUCGCAGACGCCGCAGAUUGCCUGCGUCUCGUGCGAUCCGGAGGAUUACACCGGCUCCUUGUCGGUCGGUCAGAAUCUUCAGUACGUCAUCGGCCAGAAAUUCACUGCCGUCGUACUCUACAGCGCCUCGGCCACUCAUUGCAACAUCUCGUCGGAUGCCCAAGUCGACGAUUAUCGCUACGUCUUCACCUUCAAUUCGACCGACAGUGGGAUCGCCCUUAAGAAAACCCUCAACGGUAGCAACAGCAACGGCACCGCCUCCAUCGUCCCAAUGUCUAUCCCACCGGGCGGCGGCACUGGUGCCGAUGUGAGCGGCAGCGGCAGCGACUCGGGCGACAGUCCCAAUACUGCGAUGAUCAUCCUGUAUAGUAUCACUGGUAUUAUCACUGCUCUGUUCUUGGGUAUCAUUAUCACAGGUGCUGUUCGUGCCCACCGUCACCCCGAGCGAUAUGGCCCGCGCCGCGUGGCUGGACGACCUCGGCAAAGCAGAGCCAGGGGUAUAGCAAGAGCCAUGCUAGAGACUAUCCCUAUCGUCAAGUUCGGCGACGAACAGGACGGCGUUGCCGCCGCCAAGCGAGAUGUCGAGUUGUCUGUCAAUCCGGAGGAUCCCGCCCGCGAGCACUCACCUCACCGUUCGGACAGCAUUUCUGAUGCCGAACAUACGACUACGCCCCGUGAGACCGAAUUACCGACCGCUAACCAGUCCAUUCAAUCUUCUCCCGAUGAUGCCGGCGUGACCCCCGCCCCUACGCCCAAACCCGAUACCGCCGCCGACGGGGGAAACUUCUCCUGUCCCAUUUGCACCGAUGACUUCAUUAAAGGUCAAGAUCUGCGAGUGCUACCGUGCAGUCAUCAAUUCCACCCAGAAUGUAUUGACCCAUGGCUGAUCAACGUAUCUGGCACAUGUCCCCUUUGCCGCAUCGACCUAAACCCCAACAAAACCGAAGAAAACGGCGAAGAAAACGAGAAUGGCGAAAAUACCGAAGAAACUCCCACCACCGCCGAAGGCACCGCAACCCCGACCGCAGAGGUAACCCAAUCCCGACACAACCGUCUAACAAACUACCUACACGGCCACGGCCCCCUAAACGCGCGCCGCAUGCGCAAUGCUACCGUUGAAGAGCGCCUCGCCGCGCUCCGCCGUGUCCGCGAGGAAAAUCAGGAUGAAGCGGCUAACGAGAGUAACGUCCGACCACGUCUUACCAGACGACUGCGCGAUCGAUUCCGAAUCCGUACCCGUGCUCACGGACUCGAUUCUAGUCCUGAGGCUAGCGGGACGUCUACUCCGACGGUGCCGCCGCCUGCACAUACGGCGCCUGAGGGGUCGGAGUCGCAGUCGCGUACGUGA